AUGGCUGCUCAGUUUAUUAUGGAGUGCUCUCCAUAUGCAGCUCACUUGUACGACGCUGAGGAUCCCUCUACUCCCGUGCGGACAAUCCCAGGGCUUUGCCAAGAUUACUGCGUGCAAGUCUGGCAAAAAUGCAGGUCCAUUUUCCAGUAUCUCUCUACAGACAAAGAGUUAAUCGCCCUGGAGCACAACAUGGCCAAGUUCUGCCGCUACCUGUCCUUGGAGGAUGUAGACUACUGCUUCCCUCAUCUCCUGGCUAACGAGAAUCUCAACCAAAACCUGGGCUUCGUGACCGCCAACGCGGAGGGCUGUCUCCAGCUCUGCCUGGAGGAGGUGGCCAACGGGCUGCGCAACCCCGUUGCGAUGGUGCACGCCAACGACGGCACCCACCGCUUCUUCGUUGCCGAGCAGGUUGGCCUGGUGUGGACCUACCUCCCCGACCGAUCGCGGCUCGAAAAGCCGUUUCUGAACAUCAGCGAAGCCGUGCUCACCUCACCUUGGGAAGGAGACGAGAGAGGUUUUCUAGGUAUUGUCUUCCAUCCUAAAUUCAAAUUUAAUGGUAAAGUGUAUGUCUACUAUUCAGUUGAAGUUCGUUAUGAAGAGAGAAUCCGAAUCAGUGAGUUCAGAAUUUCUCCUGCUGACAUGAAUACUUUGGACCAUGGUUCUGAAAGGAUAAUCCUAGAAGUGGAAGAACCAGCUUCCAAUCAUAACGGAGGAGAGCUGCUCUUUGGAGAUGAUGGUUAUCUCUAUAUAUUCACUGGAGAUGGAGGCAUGGCUGGGGAUCCUUUUGGGACCUUUGGAAACGCCCAGAACAAAUCCACGUUGUUGGGCAAAGUGUUGCGGAUCGAUGUGGACAACAACGACCGGGGGCCUCUGUACAGGAUCCCCCCGGACAACCCUUUUGUCGACGACCCCAGAGCUCGCCCCGAAGUCUACGCGUACGGCGUGAGGAACAUGUGGCGCUGCUCGUUCGAUCGGGGCGAGCCCCACACGAAGGAAGGGAAGGGCCGCCUCUUCUGCGGCGACGUGGGACAGAAUAAAUACGAAGAAAUCGACAUUGUGGAGAAAGGGAAAAACUACGGCUGGAGGGCCCGGGAAGGAUUCAGCUGUUACGAUAAAAAGCUUUGCACCAAUUCUUCAAUAGAUGACGUGCUUCCGAUUUAUGCUUAUCCACACAAAAUGGGGAAGUCUGUUACGGGAGGCUAUGUCUAUCGGGGUUGUGAGUCUCCAAACCUGAAUGGCCUGUACAUAUUUGGUGAUUUUAUGAGCGGCCGGCUGAUGUCUUUGAAGGAGAACCAUGCUACUGGCGAGUGGCAGUACAGUGAGAUCUGCAUGGGCACGGGGCAGACCUGUGUGUUCCCGGGGCUUAUCAAUAACUAUUAUCAAUAUAUCAUCUCUUUUGCUGAAGACGAAGCAGGGGAGCUUUACUUCAUGUCUACCGGCAUACCAAGUGCUACUGCUCGUGCUGGAGUGGUUUACAAAGUGGUGGACACCUCUAGGAGAGCACCACCAGGAAAAUGCCGAGUUGAGCCUUUGCCAGUGAAAGUAAAAAGCAAGCUCAUAAAGUUUGUGCCAAAGGAGAAGCUGAUAGUGGAAACCCCCACACUGAAGGAGAGGUAUCGCCAUAUGGGUGUUGCUGGGAGGGAGGCCUAUGACAAGAUGGAGUUUUCAGGAAGCGCCCAGGAAUGUGCUGAGGAUGGUGUGCAGGCAGGGCAGAGCAGGCCAGGGACCCCGGGUGAGGGAGGCCCGGCUCCCUGCCCGCCCUGCGUCUCGGCUCGCUCUGCCGCGUGUGCUGCCUCUUUAAACUCUGCCUGGCUUCAUUCCCAGCUUCCUCCCACAGCUAGAUCUCAUCCAGCCAGGCAGCUGUUGGAGUUCAUCCAGCCCAGAGCGACCGACCAGCCCAGCUGGACCCGACUCCCGGAGGCCAUGGAGGUGCCGGGGGCCCUGGGCACGCUUGUCCUCCUGCUCCUGGCAGUGCUGCUUCUGGCCUUUGGCGCUUACUGCGGCUACGUGCAAUGGGUCCACAUGAAGUACGACCACAUCCCCAGCGCCCCGCGCGAGAG